UCCUCCUCACUCGCCCGCCCGCGCCCGGCGCAGCUUGGCCAAAGCGAACACCGGGCUGAGCGCGCGUCCGCCUGGGGGCUCCGGCGGCUGCCCCGGCCCGCGGCCCCCUCCAGUGCUCCCGCCUUCCCUUUCUUGUCCGCUGCCUCCCACGUUCUUCAGCUCCCGCUCCGUCCACCCGCCCCGCAACCAGCGGCUCGGAGCCUCCAGCAGCCACGAUGCCCGCGGCCCGGCCGCCCGCCGCGGGACUCGGCGGGAUCUUGCUGCUCUUCGCUCUGUUCCUGGGGAGCCCCGCGGCAGCUCUGGCAGGAGAUGCACCACCAGAGGGAGACACUGGCCUCUCAGACACUUACCUUCUGCCGUCAGAAGCCCUGGGGAGCAGCAGUCUGAGCAAAGAGCUCCCCCGAGAGAAGGUGACAAUGGCCCCUCUGAAUCCAUCGAACCCUGCACAGUCCGGGGAAGAGCUUCUGGAGCCUGAGUUGGAAGGGGCAGCCCCCUCAGCCCCCUCAGCCCCCUCAGCCCCCUCAGUGGGUCGAGACCCUGAGGCCCUGUCAGCCCUGUGGACGCAACCUCCAGAAGAGGCGAGCAGCAAGCACACCACUGCCCCUCGGAAGAAGCUGCCCUCGCUCAAGCAGGUGAACUUGGCCAGGAAACAGCUGAGGCCCAAGACCCCGUCCACAGCAGCCCUCCCAAGGGCUGGGGCCCAGCCAGCGCCCACAGGCCCACGCUCCCUCUCCUCCAUCACCGAGGAGCCCCGUCCACCAGCCGACCUGGACCCAGUGGCCUCGGCAGGCGAGGACACUCUGCAGCUGUCCUCGGAGGAGCCCAUCUGGCUGGACAGGAAGGAAAGUGCACUCCCCACCACACCCGCCCCACUGCAGAUCUCCCCCUUCACCUCGCAGCCCUUCAUGGCUCCCACCCUGCCCCAGAAACCGGACCCUGGGGAGCCGGUGGUGCCUGAGGAGGCUCAAGAGGCGCCUCCGGAGGACGCGAGUCCCAUGACCUUGAUGGACAAAGGUGAGAAUGAGCUGACCGGGUCAGCUUCGGAGGAGAGCCAGGAGACCACCACGUCCACCAUCAUCACCACCACAGUCAUCACCACCGAGCAGGCCCCAGCUCUCUGCAGUGUGAGUUUCUCUGACCCUGAAGGCUACAUCGACUCCAGUGACUACCCACCGCUGCCCCUCAACAACUUCCUGGAGUGCACAUACAAUGUGACUGUCUACACUGGCUAUGGGGUAGAGCUGCAGGUGAAGAAUGUGAACCUGUCUGAAGGGGAGCUCCUCUCCAUCCGUGGAGUGGACGGGCCCACCCUGACCGUCCUGGCCAACCAGACACUCCUGGUAGAAGGACAGGUCAUCAGAAGCCCCACCAACACCAUCUCUGUUUACUUCCGGACCUUCCAGGAUGAUGGCCUUGGAACCUUCCAGUUGCACUACCAGGCCUUCAUGCUGAGCUGCAGCUUCCCCCGCCGGCCCGACUUCGGUGACGUGACCGUGAUGGACCUGCACUCGGGCGGGGCAGCACACUUCCACUGCCACCUGGGGUAUGAGCUCCAGGGUGCCAGGACGCUGACGUGUAUCAACGCCUCCAAGCCCCACUGGAGCAGCCAGGAGCCCGUCUGCUCAGCUCCUUGUGGAGGGGCCGUGCACAACGCCACCAUCGGCCGAGUCCUCUCCCCAAGUCACUCCGGAAAUUCCAAUGGGAGCCAGUUCUGUGUGUGGACCAUCGAGGCUCCGGAAGGCCAGAAGCUGCACCUGCACUUUGAGAGGCUGUCACUGCAUAAGAAGGACAGGAUGCUGGUCUACAGCGGGCUGACCAACAAGACUGCUCUGCUCUACGACUCCCUCCAGACAGAGAGUGUCCCCUUCGAGGGCCUGCUGAGCGAAGGCCACACCAUCCGCAUCGAGUUCACCUCCGACCAAGCGCGGGCAGCCUCCGCUUUCAACAUCCGGUUCGAGGCCUUUGAGAAAGGCCACUGCUAUGAGCCCUACAUUCAGAAUGGGAAUUUCACCACCUCUGACCCCACCUAUAACAUCGGGACCAUAGUGGAGUUUACCUGCGACCCUGGCCACUCUCUGGAGCAAGGCCCAGCCAUCAUCGAGUGCAUCAACGUGCGGGACCCGUACUGGAACGACACAGAGCCCCUGUGCAGAGCAAUGUGUGGUGGGGAGCUCUCUGCUGUGGCUGGGGUGGUGCUCUCCCCAAACUGGCCAGAACCCUACGUGGAAGGUGAAGAUUGUGUCUGGAAGAUACACGUAGGGGAGGAGAAACGGAUCUUCCUAGAUAUCCAGUUCCUCAACCUGAGCAACAGCGACAUCCUGACCAUCUACGACGGAGAUGAGGUCACACCCCACAUCUUGGGGCAGUACCUUGGCAGCAGCGGGCCGCAGAAGCUGUACUCCUCCACGCCGGACCUGACCAUCCAGUUCCACUCGGACCCCGCCGGCCUCAUCUUCGGGAAGGGCCAGGGCUUUACCAUGAACUACAUCGAGGUGUCAAGGAAUGACUCCUGCUCAGAUUUGCCUGAGAUCCAGAAUGGCUGGAAAACCACGUCUCAUACGGAGCUUGUGCGGGGAGCCAAAAUCACCUACCAGUGUGACCCCGGCUAUGACAUUGUGGGAAGCGACACCCUCACGUGCCAGUGGGACCUCAGCUGGAGCAGCGACCCCCCAUUUUGUGAGAAAAUCAUGUACUGCACCGACCCCGGAGAAGUGGCUCACUCGACCCGCUUGAUCUCGGACCCUGUGCUGCUGGUGGGCACCACCAUCCAAUACACCUGCAACCCGGGCUUUGUGCUUGAAGGGAGCUCUCUGCUCACGUGCUACAGCCGAGAAACCGGCACCCCCAUCUGGACAUCACGCCUGCCCCACUGUGUCUCGGAGGAAUCUCUGGCAUGUGACAACCCAGGAUUACCUGAAAACGGGUACCAAAUCCUGUACAAGCGGCUCUACCUGCCGGGGGAGUCCCUCACCUUCAUGUGCUAUGAAGGCUUCGAGCUCAUGGGUGAAGUGACCAUCCGCUGCAUCCUGGGACAGCCGUCCCACUGGAACGGGCCACUGCCGGUCUGCAAAGUUAAUCAAGACAGCUUUGAACAUGCUUUAGAAGUAGCAGAAGCGGCAGCAGAGACCUCGCUGGAAGGGGGCAACAUGGCCCUGGCUAUCUUCAUCCCGGUCCUCGUCAUCUCCUUACUGCUGGGAGGAGCCUACAUUUAUAUCACCAGAUGUCGCUACUACUCCAACCUCCGCCUGCCCCUCAUGUACUCACAUCCCUACAGCCAGAUCACCGUGGAAACCGAGUUUGACAACCCCAUCUAUGAGACUGGGGAAACCAGAGAGUAUGAAGUUUCCAUCUAAGGGGAGCUCCAGUGGAGAGGGAACUGGCAGAUAGGAACGCAACUACAACCUCCUCGAGAAAUUCAUCCAGAGAUCAUGUGGCAUUCGAUAGAAACCCCAGAGUGUCAGCUGUCUUUUCUUUAGACUCCUUAUUGAAGAUUUACUGUUUUCUUCGCUGUAUUUAUUAUAUUUAAAAUUGAAAUAGGUGUGGUUGGAUGCAGCCAAGUUCAUGGUACAGCCUAAAAUCUGAAGGCAGGUCGCAGCCCUAGAGGGAAAUAAAACCAGUGACUGUCCCAUCAGCAGCGCCACACUGGGGCUGCAUCAAUUGCAUGGAUCUCCAGGACCCCUGGUGUACGUAUUACAGCCCAAGCCCCAAGACUAGGUUGCAAAGAGUAUUUCUUGUUGGACUAAGUUGGGCUGCAAUUUAGCACAGAUAUUUUAACAGGUCCACUCCCAACCCCCCCAAUGCCCUCCCUUCCAAUUUGCUGGCUUCUGGAAGGCCUUGACACACCCUUCCCUCCUGUGGUCUUCCUGAAGGCAGCCGAAGAGGUGACAACAUGAGCAGUCUCUCUGACCAGCCUGGCCUCGCUGGCUGCUGGCACGAUAAGAAAAUGUUUUCUUCCUAGAAAGAGGGCAGAUGACAACGGAAAGCUUUUAGAGAAGAUGAGAGAUCUGAGAGUUAGAAUGAAGAAGUUGGUGGGAGUGGGGGGUGCUGAAUGAGGGGAUUGAGUUAAUGGCAUUUCUCUUCUUUGACAUUUAAGCACUGAUGAAAGAAAGUGCAGGUUAUCUACAAGUGCUAAAGUCCAUUGCCUUGUUCAGCAAGGUCCCCGUCCUGCAGGGACACACCCUCCAGGGGACAGACCCACAGAGCUGGGCUGGGCAACCCCACCCACAGAGCCAGGGGCUUGCUAUGGCAGGGAAGCGCUGCACCCUGAAAUCCAGGACUGAGCAGCUUUUCUCCCAGGGUGCUAGAAUGCCUGAGCCCUCCACAUAAGGGGAGAUGUACAUGCAUUGUUGCUCUAAAAAGUGUCACCUUCAGAAAAAAAUUGCAGUCCAGUAUUGGUGGGACUUGGGGAUGGGAGAAUAAGGAAGACACAGUGUGGGAAGGAGGAACCUAUGAGGAAAGUACCUACUCUUCUAUUCUCUGAAGCUCUGGCCAGAUACUGAGAGGCAGCGUGAAAGCUGCCCAAAGAGAUGCAGACAAAGAGAAAGGGAGAAGAAUUGAAACAACAUGGAACCCACAUCACAGGAUCAGACACCCAUGAGGAGAGGAGGGAUUUCAGGUCAGAAAGGGGUUCCUUGUGUCUUCAUCUCAUGGGCAUCCUCAUGUGUCCCAACCUAAUGGGACAUGGAGUUAUGUGGCCAGCUGGAAGAAUCUUUUCUAAAUACAGGAAUAAAGCAGAGGCAGGAAGCGAAGAGACCGGAAGGAAUAGUGAGUCGGAGGCCGAUACACCACCCUCCUGGGCCCCCAGUGACGCCAGCGGGGGUGACUUGGAGUCCUCCGGGGCACCUCUCACCUUAGAAGGUUUGCAAACAAGCAAAGGCUUCCUUGGGAGAGUGGUUGGUAUCCAUAUUGGGGGGGGAGGGUUUGUUUAGGAAGCGUUUCAAGAGGGGGGGGGCAAUAGACUUUGCACACACCCUUACUCCCUCCUCUCAACAAGGAACUCGGCGAUCACAUUUGGGGGUCAGAGAAUCCUGAAUAGAUGGAGGCUCCUUGAGGCAAGAGGUCAUUAGAGGUUGCUUUCUAGACGCCCCAAAGUCCACCCUGUUUUACAAAAGAACCCGAGGAGACAUACUCCAGUCCUGCAGUGAGCAACACUGUGUUUAAAGAACAGCCAACGAUGCCAAUGAUGUAAACUUUUCUUUUUCUUAAGGCAGAAUCCAAUUUUUUGCUUUUAUUUCUAUUUGAUUCUUUAUUCUAACCGUACCCCUGGGUCAUCUGGAAUGAAAAACUCUAUUAAUGAUGUUUGAUUUUAGGACACACUAUGGUUAUGUGAAAACUAACCAUUUGCCUUCUGGAAAGACUGACAAAAUAUAAAAUCUUUAUUCUAACCUUGUUCCCUAAAACUGGCCAGACCAUGGACCAAGACCUUUUAUGGGCUAUUGGAGAGCUAGAAAAGGUGUGAUUUUUCUUUUCAGGAUAUCAGUGUCUUAGUUCUGUCUUAGUAGUACAGCACCUGUAACCACGUUUUAAAAGUUUGUUUUAGCCUAGAGAUGGAUAUGCCGAUUCGACAAUGUACAGUGUGAUUGAAAAGACAGGUUGGUGUCUAUUUUUCUUUUUAAAAUAUCUGAAUGUGUAUUUGUAAUAUGUAAAGGUUUAAAAAUAAUAAUAAUAGUGCCAAAAAUGUACCAGGAUCUCCUUUCAGUUCAUAUAUGUCUGUUUUUAUAAGAUCAAUAUGAAAACCCAUUGGAAUUAAAUAUUUUUGAACAGGAUACACUCUUGAGAAACUCGAGAAUGGACUGAACCUUCCUACAAGCCACUCUUUGUUUUUGAAACAGUGGGGAAAUGCGUUUACAGAGAUUUCGAGCUUUCCAGAAUUCGUGUGAUGACGUGUAUUACAUGCUCAUUCUUCUAAGCUCUAUCUGUCAGCUGCCGCCCUGUGCUUUAAAAGUGCGCACGCUACCCUCCUCAGCUUGGGGCUCAUUCUUUUGCUUUUUAGGGGAGGGGAGCAGUAGACUUGUUUAGCCCACCUGAGUAUUCUGGUCACUACCAGAUGACCAACUUGGACUUAGCUGCAUAGAUGUGCAUUAAACUUGAGCUUUCAAAACCAGCUCCCUGGAGAGCUGGGAGCUUGGAAACCGCCAAGCCUUCCAGCAGCAAGCAAGGUGGCUUCAUUGUCGAGACAGCGGAGGAACAGGAGACAUGGCAGGUGUGUGGGUAGAGGCGCGAGUCUUGGGCAAAAACGGCCUUUCUGUGGCGUGAACCCCAAAGGGAUGACUUUCCUGGGCCCUUGGUAGGGCAGCCGGGUAUGGGAGGGCAGAUGUCAUAGAGUUGCUCUGCACCCCCAAAGGCAGGCUUUCUCCUGGGAAAUUUUCACUUUCAUUUUCUCCCCAAAUGGAAUUAAAAAAAAAAUAGCAAAACAAACUUUCUAAGCUAGAAAAAUGAACUUUAAUCAUUUUCCACUUUGUAUAUAUUGAUGCUAAUAAAACAA